AAGGCGGGGCAGGGCUGGCAGGAGGAGAGCGGGCGAGAGGCUCGGGGCUGGGCGGCUCCGGCAGGCAAGAGGCGGGGCGGAAGAGGCAGCACAAGGCGGCGUUGUGCGCUCUGGCCCGGCGGCGGGUGGAAGCCGUACACCGGCACGGGAGGCCGGGGAGCCUAUGGCCGGGCCGUUGCUCCGGAGCGGGGUGCGCCGGUUCCCCUGGCUCUGCAACGUGCUGCUCUACGGCAGCCUCUUCUCGGCCGGGGACGCGGCUCAGCAGCUGCUGCGGCGGCGCCCGGGGCAGGAGCCCGACUGGGCGCAGACCCGGCACGUGGCGCUGGUGGCCCUCAGCUUCCAUGGCAACUUCAACUACGUGUGGCUGCGGGGGCUGGAGCGGGCGCUGCCCGGCCGCGCGCCCGGCGCGGUGCUGGCCAAGGUGCUGUGCGACCAGCUGGUGGGGGCGCCUGUCGCCAUCCUGGCCUUCUACACGGCAGGCAUGAGUAUACUUCAGGGGAAAGAGAACAUUUUUUCCGACUGUAAAAAGAAAUUCUGGAAUACAUAUAAGACUGGGCUGUUGUACUGGCCUUUUGUGCAGCUUUCAAACUUCGUUUUGGUCCCUGUUUACCUGAGAACAGCUUACACUGGGCUCUGUGGCUUUCUCUGGGCUAUCUUCAUUUGCUUUUCACAACAGAGCGGUGAUGGCACAGCAAAGUCGGCUUUUCUGUGGUUCCAAAGAGAGAAGGUCAAUGCAGAUGGAGAACCAUCAGAGAAAUGAGAAAGUGGUUUAAUGGAGUAUUUAUUUUAAAUGGUUAAACUGUGCUUAUAAAGGGCAAUGAAUUGCACCGCCAACUGAUUGCUGUGUUUUAAAAUGAAUCUUCAUCCCAGGGCUCAGUGGUCAUUAUAUACAGUGCAAUACUUUGGUUUUGCACCUGUUUGCACAGAAAAGAGGCCCAUUGUAUAUUGCUGUUUAAUUAUUUUCAUGCUGGCAGCUAGUCUCCUCUGGGGACUCUAGCCACUUGCUUGUCACAGUGCAGCAAGAGCAUUUGCACAACAUGGUAGCCAGCCUCAUUGGGGAGAAAUAUUAGCUGUAAUUUAAUUUUCAAGCAACUUCUGGUUGCUAGAAAAGGGGGGGAUAGAACAUUAAAUCAUCAGUGUUUAUACUUGCCAGUUAUUAUGAGAGCAAGAUUCCUUUUGCAUUCACUGGAGUUUUCUCUGAAUUGCAACCUAUGGUACUGAAUCUAUAUUUAUUCUGAGAAAAAAUUGUACUUUUUUUUUUUUUUAUAGGAACCGAUUAUAACAUUUUUAAACUCUUGCCUUAGCCUGCAGUGAGAAUUUGUACAAAGACAAUAACUUAGCCUUGCAAAAUUUACCAGUCUAAGCACAAAAGGAAUUUGCUUACCCUCUACAAUGAUCAAUGACAAGGAAAAAUUAAUGAAUUUUGCAAGACUGAUGUAGCAGUUGAAUUGUUGUUGCUGUGUGUGUAUUUAAUAUCCUCAAGAUAAUGAAGCAAUUAAAAGAUGGCUUUAUUUAUUCUGAUUAGUACUUUUAAAAUCAACAUUAUAUUUGGAUAUUUGUACUCCUUUUCAGUAAGAUUCAUAGUGUAUGGAGUAUGGAUGAAUGUGUAUGACAAUACAUAACACUCAAAAGCAAAUUAGAAAUAAUGUGCUCAAAUUAAUGCUUUUUGUGAUAAUUCUAUUAUAGGUAAUGCUUUUAUUUUUAUUUCUGCAUGUGCCUUAAAUGUAUAGUGAUGAACUGCAUUCAUUUAAAAGAAAGGAACUUGGGAGGAGUGCCACUGCAGGGAAAAUAAGAGCUGACAUUAGGGAAAUUGACAAGGAUUUCAAGAAAGAGUAUACACAAUCUCUAUGUGAUCUGCGGUAAGAUGCGGAAAGCAUUCCAUUGGUGAUCGUUUUUGAACUUUUACCAAUAAAUGUGACAGCUAUCAGGAUUGCAAAUAAUAAGAAAUAAAAUUCAAUUUGAUAUCAGAUUACUAAUCCCUCCUACAGAGUUGAAAGACAACACCAUCAGUUAUUUUCUGUUCUCUGUUUCUUUAACUUGUCAGCAUGCACAAAAUGGAAAAUGUUGUUAAGAAUAUAGUUCUUGGAGAAAAAAUGAUGACUGAGAUAUAGUGUUGCUUUGCUGUGUGCUGUAACAAUAUGCCAUGUUCUACCCUUGAAGUAGAUGCAAUUUGUUAGUGGAUGAAUUGAUUGAUAUAUAUUGAAGUUUUAAUUGUUAGUAAAAUUUGUAAUGAGUGGAACACCCCUCUUUUAUUUUUAAAGCUUUGAAUGUUUAUACAAGCUGUCCAUUAGCGCUGUAUACUUUUCUGAUGCCAGUUAUUCAGGAACUUGGCUUAAAUAGGAUUUUUGUCUGGGUAAGGACUUCAGGAUUUAUCUCCAUGUUUCUCUGUUUUCAGUAUACAGAAAGGUAGUUCUUUGUUCCUUUGCUCUUUUGUGUAAUCACACUGGAGCAUGUAGUUCUCAUGUUUCAGUGAAUUUAAGAAUCUAAGUAAUCCUUUUACUCCCUCCAUUUCUCUUGAAAAGUUGCUACGGGCUACAUAAGUAAACUAAUCUCUCUUCCUGUUCUAAAACCUCUUUGUAACCACAAGCUUUGGCAGUUAGUAGGAGUGUUUCAGGGGCGGGAGAUGCAAAACAAUGUGGCUAUCUUGGGCCAGAUCCUCAGCUGGUGUAAAUUGGCAUAGCUCCUUUGAAGUUUUUGGAACUCUGUCAGUGUACACCAUCUGAAGAUCUGGCCCCUUACUUUUUGGAAAUACUAUAAUUUCUUACCACUUUAUAAAUUAGGAGACUCUAAUAUGACUUUUCCUACAUAUGCAGGGCUAAUGAUUGGUGAUACAGUACUUAUCAACAAGAAUAUCUAAAAUAUCAAACCGUGGACCAGCAGCUGGGCAGGUUUGCCCUCAUGCCUGUUUGGAUGCAUGUUUCAUAGGUGGUCCCAGAGAGUCCACCUAAAGGAGCUGCAAUAGACUUAAUGCCAACUGAACACUACACAGAAUUCACCAAAAAAGUAUGGCUAGAUAUAAGAAGUCAAGGUGGUACUCGGCAAACGGAGGGAGCUCUCUGCCAUCAGCUAUCAGGCAUGUAUUCACAUGACACCUCCAUUUCAUGGGGUUGUUUCUAAAAUCAAAUGAGUAGAGAAGACAAAUUCUGACCAGGUGUGACAGCAACUCGGUUUUAUUCAGUGUAGCUGUGUAGCUUAUACAGGGUCUGAAUUUGGCCAAAUGAGAAUUUGAAAGUCUGUUUUCCAAUUACACUAAUUAAAAAAAAAUUGUACUGCCCUAGAUCAUUUUGAUAUCUGAGUCACAUUCUGCUAGGAGUUCAGGCUAGUAUCUAGAAAAAGCCCAGAAGAAGGUCUGAGUUUUUCCUGCCCUGGAAAGCAGCAGCCACUGACGUUGUCUAGAACCUUAGGUUUCACAGUAUGAUGCAUGAGAAGCUGCUUGGCUCAAAUAUGUACCAUGCUGAUGGGCACCAUCUAAGUAUGUACAGCAUAUUAAUAAUAAUAUUGAUGCCACAUUUGCAACCUAGAAAGCUUCUGCCUUCCCAUUCUCUGCUGGUAUAGCCAAUGCUCGCUUUAUGGCAAUGGGAAAAGGGGUACAAGGAAUAUACAUAUAUUAGGACGGGAAACAUCCAUUUUAAUUUUACUUGGAAAAUUGUUGUAUUUUUGCAGAGAAUCAGUAAAAGUCAUUAUUUGGCCGUGGCUAUCUUUAAUGGUUUGUGUAUAAACCCAUGGGAUCUUCGUGGACCACAAGCGGUGAAGACCUUAGUUUUAUGUCACACCCAGAAGAUGGCACCUCCUACUGCAAGGUCCUUAUCACAAGGAUUAUUAACCCCAUUUUACAGGUGGGGAAAUUGAGUCUCAGAGAAGAUUAAUGACAUACUGAGGGUCAUUCAGCAAUUCAGGGGCAGAGCCAAGAACAGAAUCCAGAACUCCUGCCUUCAAAGCCUUAUGCUAUAGCCACUGGACUCUACUUCCUCUCAGAUUAGAAGAAAACAGAAAUCUGGGAUUAUUAUUUUAUUAAAUAAUAAGUAAUUAAUAUAUUUCCAGAAGCAAGCAUGGACAUCCGUGAGGAAAGAAAGGCAUAAAAUGAAAGCUUCAAUAGAUGUGUAAAUCAACAUGCAAAGGCUAGUGGUGGUGUGUUAGAGACUGCUAAAUUUAAUCAUUUAUUUGUGAAAUUCUUGAAGAGGAAGCUGUCCAACGGAUUUGAGGCAGUCUGAAGUAAACAACAUGCAGUACAAUGGACAACAAUUUAAACUUCUUGUGCAAAUGCCUGUGGGUUUAGAAUUGGUUGUAAUCUCUCAAGAGAAAGAUCUAUGGGUUAUUGUGAACAGCUCAAUGAAGAUGCUUGCUCAAUCCAUACCAGUGAUUAAAAAAGCAAAUGAGACAAUGGAUUAUAUUAGGACAGGGACAGAAAAAGAUUUAUUUCUGUGAACCCAUUCAAAGUAGUAGAUAUUUUAUAUUUUGAUAUUUAUAAAGGAAUACAUUGGAAACAUACAGUGGAAACAUUUUGUGCUUCCCUGAAUGGAAAUGAGUUUUGCAAAUAAAACCAAAUCUGCAAAUUUUAUAACAUGAGGCAGAGCAAAUUUCACAAAAAAGAGGUGCUGGAAUCUUCCUGUAUUUGGAGAUGUUUGUUUUGGUGCUUCAUAAUAAUACAUUAACCCUUUUCUCUACUGGUUCUAUAAGUCAUUUGCUGCACUAUCAUCACUCCAUUGAUGUCAGUGUAUUAUUGGAGGUACCUGGCAGA